AUUUCAUGAAUUAUUUAGCUGUUAGACUUAGAAAUUAGACAAAACAAUGGAUGUAAAAGAAAGCCCUGAUCCACUUGUUCAUAAUUGUAUUUCUAUCCAAGAAUUGCUGAAUGAAUAUAAAGAAAAUGAGACUUUUUAUAAAAAAAUAAAAGCCUUAGGAAACAUGUCAUUAUAUCGUAUAAAACGAGAUGGAGAUUGUUUUUAUCGAGCUUUAUGUUUUGGAUGGCUUUGGACAUUAAUGCAUCAAACAGCAAGUGAUUCUGAAAAAAAUAUAAUUGAAUUUAGUAAGACGACAGAACUACUUCAAAAGAGCGGUUUUGAAUUAUUAUCAUAUGAAGACUUAUAUGAAGAAACGUUAUUAGCGCUAAGCCUUCUUAAACCAGACGAAAAUCAAGAUAAUCAAGCCAAGGAGAAGGAACUUCUUACACUUAUGAAUAUUCCUGAGAAAAGCAAUGCUAUUGUUGUAUAUUUUCGUUUUUUGACAAGUGCUUAUAUUAAACAAAACGCCCAUAAAUAUGCACCAUUUCUAGAUGUCCCAAGUGUGGCUGAUGUUUUUACUUUUUGUCAAAAUACUAUAGAAUGCAUUGGAAAAGAAGCGGAUCAUGUGAUGAUCAAUGCUUUAUCCAAAGCACUUCAAGUUUGCAUUAAUAUUUAUUAUAUCGACAGAAGUGAUUCAGAUCAUGCUAAGAAAUAUGAGUUUACUGUAGAAAACGAAAAUCCAAUUACAAUAUGUCUUUUGUAUCGUCCUGGACACUACGAUUUUAUUAUAGAUAAGUAAUUCUAUUCAUUAUAUUUAUGAUCCAUACGUUCUGAUUCUUAUUUAU